CUCCACCUUCGCUUCGGUCACUAGCAGGAUGUCGUCGAGCACUCAGGUCAGCGGUACGGGCGUCGUAGCGCCGCCGGACAGCACGGGCAUCAGCAUCAUCGUGGUUGGAGGAGGAUUUGGAGGUCUCUCAUGCGCUAUUGAGUGUAAGCGGAAGGGCCAUUCGGUGGUGGUCCUGGAGAGAGUGCCUGGGCUGCAUAUCCAGGGAGACGUCAUCAGCUUUGGGCCAAACGCCGGCCGAAUCAUCCAACGCUGGGGUUUGCACGACAAGAUAUGGGAACUGUGCCGACACGUCGACAAACUCGUCCUGCACAACUAUCUCGGCGAGAUCGUGCGCGAGCAGCCACUGCCGCUGCCCCUGUGGGGCGCGUGGGGGUACGACGGGCACCGCGCGGAGAUGCACCAGGUCAUCUACGAGUACGCGGUAUCGCUCGGAAUCGACGUUCGGUUUGGCUACACUGUGCAGGAGUACUACGAGGACGAUGCGGGUAGUAAGGCUGGGGUGAGGGUGGAAGCGAAGGGAGAAGUGGUUAGUAUGGAGGCGGAUCUGGUUGUUGCGGCGGAUGGGGUGAAGAGCAAGGCGAGGAAGUACAUUCUGGGGUAUGAUGACAAACCGCGAUCAUCCGGCUACGCCGUCUACCGUGCGUGGUUCAACGGGCAGGAGCAGGGCGUCGAUACGGAUCCGUUGACGGACUACCUCACUAAGGGCGAAGACGCAUUCUUUGGUUGGAUAGGCAGGGACGUGCACUUCCUCGCGUCGUCCGCCAAGGGCGGGAAAGAGAUCUCGUGGGUCAUCACGCGCAAGAACGACUUUGAAGUGACAGACAACUGGUCCUUUCCGGGCAAGAUGGAAGACGUACUUGCCGUCGUCGACGGAUGGGAGCCGCGCUGCGCAGCGACGCUCGCUAAAGCGCCGUCGUGCAUCGACUGGAAGCUUAUCAUCCACGAUCCGCUCCCGACGUGGAUCAGCAAGUCUGCAAGGGUGGUACUCAUCGGGGACGCAGCGCACCCUUUCCUCCCGACAAGUAUGCAAGGCGGCUCUCAGGCGAUCGAGGAUGGUGUCGUUCUCGCCGUCGCUCUCCAGCUAGCAGGGAAAGACAACCUCCCGCUCGCAGUUCAAGCGUGGGAGAAGAUCCGAUACCUCCGCGUGCGUGAAUCCCAGUUGAUCGGCGAAGACGUCCGCAAUCGGUGGCAUCGCUGCCAACCAGGCGACCGCGGGCCGAUGCUCGACGUCCCUCGGCCCGAGUGGCUCUUCGCAUUUGACGCUGAGGUGAAUGCGUACGAGGUGUUCGAGAGCGUGGCGAGGGAUAUAAGAGAGAACGGGUACAACAGGCCGGUGUUGCCGCCUGAGCUUGCGCCAUGAGCUUUCUCCAAAUGUACAUUUGAUUCUGUGGUGAGGGCGAGUCAAGUAGAUGAGGGUCGAAGGCAAGCGAGUGGAUGGUAUUAUCACUGAUCUUUGUUUCGACUGUAACCUGCUCCAAAUGUUAGUUACUCAUUCCGUGGCAUUCCUCAGAU